CACGGACACAGCUGGGGUGUUCAAAGCCACAGGCCAGAUCCAAGCAACACUGGAGGCCACUGCUUUCCUGCCUCAGUUUCCCCUCUGUGUGUAGCUGUGCACUGGGGCUGGUCCUCAGAGGGCCAGGGUCCUUCCAGUGACUGGGAGGACGGAAGGUGAAGCCCUGAGGAGGGGUCACUGCCAGUCCUGCCCACUGGCCUGGGGCGGGGCGAGAGGCCGAACUUGGAGAUCCCCGCCCGCUGGUUUCCUCCGGGGUCAGCCUGGCUCCUUAUCAGUCUCGGCCAGGCGGCCAGGCCCUUAUCUGCGCUGGCCCAGCAUCCUCCAGCCACUGCGCCAGGGGGACCCAUGCUGCUGCCACCACCAAGGCCCCAAGGCCCUUGAGAGCCCAGAAAGAAGUGAAGUCCAGACAGAGUGGCUGGCUGCCUGGGGUAGAGUGGAGAGGCUGGAGGGAGCAGGGCUGGGGAGCCUGGCCUGAAGCUGGAGCCAUAUUCUUGCCCUGACCGACAGAGCCAGGGGACUCAGCAGGCAGCAGGACCAGCGCUGGGGUGAGCACCCCCUCGGGUCCAUGUGCCCGCCCCAAGCCCAGGCGGAGGUGGCCCCCACCAUGACUGAGAAGGCUGAGAUGGUGUGUGCCCCCAGCCCAGCGCCUGCACCACUCCCCAAGCCUGCCUCACCUGGGCCCCCAAAGGCAGAGGAGGUGGGCCACCAAGGUGUCUCAUCCCCCAGGCUGCCCCCUGGUGUCCCGGUGAUCAGCUUGGGCCACACUAGGCCCCCAGGGGCAGCCAUGGCCACCACAGAGCAGAGUGCCCUUCGGCCCCCACUGCUGCCAUUCUCCGCCCUGGGAAGUGCCCCAACCCCUCUGGCCCUGCAUUACCAUCCUCACCCCUUCCUCAACAGCCUCUACAUUGGGCCGGCAGGACCUUUUAGCAUCUUCCCUAGCAGCCGGCUGAAGCGGAGACCGAGCCACUGUGAGCUGGAGCUGGCUGAGGGGCAACAGCCCCAGAAGGUGGCCCGGCGAGUGUUCACCAACAGUCGCGAGCGCUGGCGGCAACAGAACGUGAACGGCGCCUUCGCGGAGCUCAGGAAGCUGCUGCCCACGCACCCUCCCGACCGGAAGCUGAGCAAGAAUGAGGUGCUCCGCCUCGCGAUGAAGUACAUCGGCUUCCUGGUGCGGCUGCUGCGAGACCAGGCAGCCGCUCUGGCAGCGGGCCCUGCCCCGCCUGGGCCCCGCAAACGGCUGGCGCACCGAGGCCCGGACGACGGCGCCCGCCGUGGGCCUGGUCACCCGGUCGAGGCGGUGGUCCGCCUGCAGCCCGCAACCCCGGCCUGCCCCAACGGCAGCCCCGUUGGGGCGGCGCGCCCCAUCAAGACGGAACAAGCGGCUGUGAGCCCAGAGGUGCGGUGACCGCCAUCGCCUCUGAGCCCAUGAAGGGCAUGGGAACUCAGCCCUGGGCCGUCGAGGAAGGGGCGGACCACGCACUGCGCUUACUUUGGAGCGAAGUCCCCCCCUAGAGGGACCUGUGAGGACAUACCCUUCAGGGGGAAUGGCAGGGGAUCUGGAAGGGCGGGCGGCCAUCGCCCCCAGGAACCCUGCAGACCCUCUUACCACCCACCGCCCGCUGGAAGUUGCCUUGCCCACAUCCUUCUCCCGGAGGCGAGGUCCGGGAACAUCAACAUGGCAGAGCGGCCGUCGGACCUAAGUGCCCUCCCACCGAAACUGAGAACGAACGACGAAACAAAAACCCCAGAUCAUCCUUGUCAACGCAGGAAAACGACUUAAAAAAAGAAAACGAAAAAAGAAAUAAUAAAACCUGAAACGAACAAAAAAAAAAAAAAAGGAAAAA